AUGAAGAUAAUCAGUUGGAAUACCAGGGGUUUGGGUUCUAAGAAAAAGAGAAGGGUGGUUAAGGAUUUUCUGAGAUCAGAAAAGCCGGAUGUAGUGAUGAUUCAAGAAACUAAAAAGGAGGAGUGUGACAGAAGGCUUGUGGGUAGUGUUUGGUCAGCCAGAAAUAAGGAUUGGGCAGCCCUUCCGGCGAGUGGGGCUUCGGGUGGGAUUUUGGUCAUAUGGGACUCUAAAAAGUUGCGUAGGGAGGAAGUAGUGUUAGGCUCUUUUUCGGUCUCAAUCAAGUUCGUGUUGGACGGACGCGAAUCUUUGUGGUUAUCUGCAGUUCAUAGCCCAAACAACUCAGCUCUCAGGAAGGAUUUUUGGGUGGAGCUUUCAGACAUUGUUGGGCUCUCUCAUCCGCGUUGGUGUGUGGGCGGCGACUUUAAUGUUAUAAGGAGAAGUUCAGAAAAAUUGGGAGGUUCUAGAUUAACCCCAAGCAUGAAGGAUUUUGAUGACUUCAUAAGAGAUUGCGAAUUGAUAGAUUCACCUUUAAGGAGCGCAUCAUAUACUUCAUCAAACAUGCAAGAGAAUCCAGUAUGCAAGAGAUUAGAUCGCUUCUUGUACUCAAAUGAGUGGGAACAAGUAUUUCCUCAAAGUCUUCAAGGAGUACUGCCAAGAUGGACUUCGGAUCAUUGGCCGAUUGUUUUGGAAACCAAUCCUUUCAAGUGGGGACCAACGCCAUUCAGGCGAAAUAGGAAAUUUAUCAAGGAGUUGGAGAAUGAAAGUGACCUAAUGUUGAAUAAUCCAGAGAGUAUAAAAGAGGAGAUCUUAAGGUACUUCGAAAAGCUUUACGCGAGUCCUUCUGGAGAAUCGUGGAGAGUGGAAGGCUUAGAUUGGUCCCCUAUUUCUGGUGAGAGUGCGUCUAGAUUGGAAUCCCCCUUUACUGAAGAAGAGAUUUAUAAGGCUAUUUUUCAGAUGGAUAGGGAUAAGGCUCCUGGGCCGGAUGGCUUUACCAUUGCAGUGUUUCAAGAUUGUUGGGAAGUGAUAAAGGAGGAUCUAGUGAGAGUGUUUGCAGAAUUCCAUAGGAGCGGAAUUAUCAUCAGAGCACCAAUGCUUCCUUUAUAG